CUUAGACGUCCUUGCAUCAUCCCAACGUCGUCUCAAUACUAGAUCAGCUCUAUCUCAACUGACCUGUGCUUCUGCAAAUGGAUGCUCGGCCAAAUCUGUUGUCGACAUCGCGUACACCAUCCUCAUCCUCCAUCAAAGAACGCAUAUCCAAGCUCUCUGUCACACCUUUGCAUCCCGUUGCCGCACUUCAAGCUCAUGUCGAAUUCGUGCCGUCGAAGAUUCCGCGUGCACGGAGGAUGCAGAUGACUGUCGUAGCGUUGUGGUCAACCUCAAUCGCGUUGAUGAGUUUCCUAUUUUUGCUUCUGUGCUCGAUUCCGCCUUUGUGGCCUUUCCUUGCCGCCUACCUACUCUGGGCAUUGUAUGUGGAUACUGCACCUGAGCAUGGGGGUCGUACAAGCCCAUGGUUCCGCUCGGUGCGCUUUUGGAAAUAUUUCGCUGAAUAUUACCCUGCUUCCUUUAAGAAGGAAUGCGACCUUCCACCGGAUCGGCCAUAUGUGUUUGGAUACCAUCCACACGGUAUCAUCGGAAUGGGCGCCAUCGCUACUUUCGCCACGGAAGGGACCGGCUUUUCUGAAGCGUUCCCCGGGCUUCAACCUCAUCUCCUCACCCUCACCUCCAACUUUAAUGUCCCAAUAUAUCGCGAGAUCCUCCUGCUCAUGGGAAUAUGCUCCGUCAGCAAGCAAUCGUGCAGCAAUAUUCUGCGUAGAGGGGCGGGGCAGGCUAUUACCAUCGUCGUGGGAGGUGCAGCAGAGAGCUUAGCAGCUCGUCCUGGGACGGCAGAUUUGACUUUGAGAAGACGGCUCGGAUUCAUCAAGAUUGCCAUUCAGCAUGGAGCAGAUCUUGUUCCAGUGUUUUCAUUUGGCGAAAACGAUAUAUAUCAACAAAUGGCAAAUGACCCGGGCACCACGGUUCAUAAACUCCAGAAGAAGUUUCAGAACGUCUUCGGUUUCACGCUGCCACUCUUCCAUGGCAGAGGGCUUCUAAAUUACAAUCUCGGAUUGAUGCCUUACAGACGACGCAUCGUCUCCGUCAUUGGACGACCAAUCCAUGUCAAACGUUCUGAGAAGCCGACGGUGGAGGAAGUUAGGGCGACGCAGGAGGAGUAUAUUGCAGAACUGAUGAGAAUCUGGAACACAUACAAGGAUGAAUUUGCUCGUUCAAGGCGGAGAGAGUUGAGCAUUAUCGAUUGAAUGAACAGAAAGUGUUCGAUUUACGUUACAAUACCAUUUCUUCGCCAUGAUUCGUAUUUCUUGCCCGAGUACAUCACCAAGCGUUUCACUACGAACUAAAGGAUAUACCACAUGUACCCCACACAUUAAUCCGGACUCCAUUGAGAAAUAU